CACCUGGUAAAAGGGCUCAUGUUCCAAUUACAAUCGCUGCUAACUUCCGAGCGAUGUCAUCGAUAGGAUGUAUCAAUAAUCAAAUGUAUAAAGUUAUUUUAAUAAUUAAGUGGCGUAAAAAAUCAUGAAAUACAAUGAAAAAGAAUUAAUUGAAAUAAGCCGAGGUAUCGGUGAACUGGAAGGACGUUUAAAUCACAAGCGUGCUCACAAAUCAGCAUUCAAAGAGCGAUGGUUUAAAUUAAAAAGCAACUUGUUAUUUUAUUUCAACAUCACUGAUCUUGGCCAGAUCGACGAAAAACAACCUGCUGGAAUACUUGUCCUGGAGAACUACAAUGUAAACACAGACUCAGUAUCAGAAGGACCUUUUGCGUUCAGCAUUGUGUUCAGAGACGAGUUGGACAAACGUCACAUCCUGACUGGCAGGUCUGAAGACCAGGUAAAUCAGUGGGUGGCCGCGCUGAAGCAGGCCAGCUACGAAUACUGGAGAUCGCAGUUAAUAAUGCUCCAGGAAAAACUCUGUCAGAAGACUGGUAAAGAUCCACUGCUUAUCUUUCCGCGAAACCGCGGUGUAAUCAGAGAUGAAGCCUGGAACUCAACGACCACUUUCAGAUCUCACAUUCGUUCGUUAACCGGGUCCACGUCCUCAAUAACUUCAGCUAUUAAUAAAGAAACAAAUCUCAUCGAAUUAUUGUAGCUAUAUUUUGUAAAAAUACGAUAUUUUAUUUCUGAUAAUGAUAAUUAAGGUAAAAAUAAUUAAUAACUGGAUUAUUGACAACCAAAUAUAUUUAUUAAAG